CAAUCGAAGACUCCAGAAACUUGGUCAUCAGCUCUAGAAUGGGCCGCUUGCAAGGAAAGGUUGCCCUCAUUACUGGUGCAGGCUCUGGCUUUGGCGAAGCCAUUGCCAAGUUCUACUCCAGGGAGGGCGCUCAUGUCCUCAUUGCGGACAUUGCCACCGAGAACGGCGAGCGGGUCACAAAUGGAAUCAACUCGGACCGCAGCGGUGAGCAAGGCGAGGCCAUAUUCGUGCAGUUCGACUGCACUAAGAGCGAGGCAUGGAAGGAGGGCCUCAAGAUUGCUCAAGACAAGUUCGGCAAGCUCGAUAUCGUCGUCAAUAACGCCGGCACGACGUACAACAAGAAGCCUAGCACCGAGGUAACGGAGGCGGAGUUUGAUAAGCUGGUCAUGGUCAACACGAAGAGCAUAUAUCACAGCGUCGUCACUGUCAUGCCGUAUUUUGCGGAGCGGAAGCAGGGUGUUUUCCUUAAUACCUCCUCUGUCGCUGGCAUGAAAGUGCGACCGGGACAAGUUUUCUACGGAGGCACUAAGGGCUUCCUCAACACAGUCACUCAAGGAUUGGCCGCCGAAUGGGGUCCGCACGGCGUUCGCGUCAACUCCAUUUGCCCGCUACGAAGCCCCACUGGAUUGCUGGAGAAGUUCUCAGGGGUUCCCGACACGGCAGAGGAGCGCGAGAGGUUCGCGCAGACCGUUCCCUUGAGACGGAUGGGCGAUGCCGAUAGCAUUGCGCAUGCGGCUGUCUAUCUUGCGAGCGACGAGGCCAACUUCGUGUCCGGUGUCAACUUUCCAGUUGACGGAGGAAGAUUGGCAGCUUAAGUCAAUCCAAUUGAUUCAUGGAUUACUGUAAAUAUGUUGAAUCCCGCUUGUUGUAAAGAUA